AUAUCCUGUUGGCAACUGAUGCGACAUUGCUGAAAUAUAUGAACAGGAAGUUCCCAUGCUGAUGUAUAAACGCUCUCAGCAGAUGAAGUUGCUCAGCACCGGAUUCAUACCGGUCAUCUGGAACGGUGCGGGACGCAGUUAUUCGCGUGCUUGCGGCUCGUGGAAAAAGUUGCCCGGCUGGAGAAAGUGGAAACUCUUGGACGAAAAGCCGGCUACUGCUGAAGGCAGCUUAAUUAGGAUGUCAAGCAGUCAAAAUGUCCGCCGUGGAAGAGAGGAGCCAGAAUCGCGGCUCCUGUCGAAAAUCCAUCUGCCGAUGCCAAAAGGAAAAUAUGGCGUUUCGAUGGUGGACGUGAUGUCCUAUGGCGUGGCUGCGGAAGGACAGUUGGUGCGCCUCAUGUUGCCCUGUGACCGGAAGGACGUUUGGAGUGUGCAAGACUCGUGGAAGGAAUGGCUUCCGGCUGAUAAGUACGUGGAAGGGUUCUCGACCUACGUCAACCUCUGGCCGUCUGUAUUGCGAGUCAUCAUGUGGCUGACCACAGGCACCCAGUAUUUGCCGUUGUUCACCCAGGAACCCUGUGCCACAAGUGGUGACGAUGGAAAUGAGGAGAAUGCCAAGCGGAAAUUCCCGGUCGUCGUCUUUUCCCACGGCCUGGGCCAGUGUCGCAGUUCCUAUUCAGUCCUGUGUUCCCACCUGGCGUCCCACGGGUUUGUGGUUGCGGCAAUUGAGCACAGGACGUCGCAGCUGCGCCAGCGGGCCGACGAGGUGUCGCGGUGCGUCGAGUUUCUCCGUCGGCUCAACGACGGCGUGCUCAAGCGGGACUCGUUUUAUGCCCCGAGGCCCGGGGACUCGGCCAAGUGGGGCGUGUUGCGGAGUUUGGCGGGGCGGCUGGACAUGUCCCGGCUCCUGCUCAGUGGACACUCCAUGGGCGGCGUGACGACCAUGAAGGUGCUGUCCAAGGAGAACGACUUGUUC